AUGGAGUUCAAAUGGAUUCAGAUGUCUUUAUUUCUAACAGCUCUGCUUCACUUUACAGGUGAGAACGCUGAUAUCACAGGUGACUUAGAGGAGCUUUUUAAUUAUUUGACUUUUAACACAACAAGAUUGAAAUAAAACACAAGUAAAAUUUUCUCACUGAAUUAAAUUCUCAUAUAUUUCUCGUAUUUCAGCCACAGAAGUACAACCACUUGACCUCACUGUCAGAGUUGGAGACAACAUCCCUUUGACCUGUGAGAACCUGAUAAAAGAUCAACAUGAGUGUAACUUUACUACAUGGACCUUCAGCCAUUCUUCUAACUCAGCAGCAGCAGUCGAGCUGGUUAAACUCGGGCAGGUAAGUGAAGAUGUUGGAUCUAAAUCAGACAGACUGAGUGUGACAGAGGACUGUUCUCUGCUGAUAAAGAAGGUCAGAGAGGAUGAUGUUGGGCGUUAUGAAUGUCGACAGUACCCACCAAGAGGAAGACAAGAACCAAACGCUCAAGUCUUUCUGUCUGGGGUUAACAGUGAGUAUUUCUAUUGAUAUUUUUUCUGCUUAAAAUUUUACACUGAAUAAUUACAUGAAUUGUGAUCACAGUCUGAACUUUAUUUGAUUCUCCAUCUAAAACAGUGACUCAACAAAAGUACGAUGACGACGUGACAUUGACCUGCUCUGUGACGUCCCUUUACCUCUGUAAACACACAGUGAAGUGGCUGUUUGAGGGUAAAGAUGUGGUUGAACAUGACCAAAGUGUAAGGACUUCAAAAGGUCUCUGCUUUGCCGAUGUGAGCUUUCAGCCUGAUCACUACAUGUACAGAUCCAGAUAUGAGUCACUGCAGUGUGAAGUGACUGUAGAUAACCAAGUGUUUUCCUUCAGACUUCAGCCCUCAGGAGAGAAACCAGGUGAGGCAUUAUGACUUUUUCAAUUUAAUUUUUAAAUAUCACCAUGACGACCUCAUCACAGUUUUGAUUGUUAGUUUCAUUAAUAGUAUGCUGAUUUAAAAGCUCCACCUGUAACUUCUGAGAAAUUAGUGUUUACUAAUCUGUUUUCUCUCAUUUCGACCAAAUGACUGAAGGAAACACUUUUUUAAGGGACGAGAAAUAAGCUUUAAACAUUUCUGUCCCAUCAUGCUCUGUUUCCUGUCAGGUUGUUCUUCCCUGGACUGGAUCAUGUUGUCUCUGCGUGUGUCUGAACUCGUCCUCAUCACUGUGAUCACUGUUCUUCUCUUCAGAGCUUCAGGUGAGAACCUUCAGACCAACAUGAGGGUCAGAGUCUGAUGUUGUUUGGAGCUGAAAUCUGUCUCUCUGCUUUCUUUUCCAGGGAACCACAGACCUCCUAAUGAUUUCACUGUGAGUAUGACAGAGUUCAGAGUUGGAGCUGUGAGAUCAGACUGA